GCGGCCGAAGCCGGGCGGCGAGCGCGGCGGCCGGGCGCGGGCCUGCCCCGCCCGCCCCUUCUCGGCGGCCAUGGAGCUGGAGGUGCCGGAGGAGGCGGAGGGCUCGGCCGCGGCGGGCGCUGGUGCCAUCACCCCGGAGGCUGGCGUGGGGGCCCUGGACGGUGCAGGAGGUCUGGCACUGAAGAAGGCAGCCAUCGCUGAGGGGCCAUCGAUUCCAGGACAGCCUGGCCAAGGAAAGAAGAUAGGUCAUCGAGGAGUUGAUGCUUCUGGUGAAACGACCUACAAAAAGACCACUUCGUCCACUCUGAAGGGGGCCAUCCAGCUAGGGAUUGGAUAUACUGUUGGCAAUCUGAGCUCCAAGCCCGAGAGAGAUGUCUUGAUGCAGGACUUCUAUGUGGUGGAGAGCAUCUUUUUCCCAAGUGAAGGAAGUAACCUCACUCCGGCUCACCAUUAUGCAGACUUCAGAUUCAAAACCUAUGCACCAGUGGCUUUCCGAUACUUCCGAGAACUCUUUGGGAUUCGUCCGGAUGAUUAUUUGUAUUCAUUAUGUAACGAGCCUCUGAUAGAGCUGUCGAAUCCUGGUGCCAGCGGCUCCCUCUUCUAUGUCACCAGCGACGAUGAGUUCAUCAUAAAAACUGUGAUGCACAAGGAAGCUGAAUUCUUACAGAAGCUCCUUCCUGGCUACUACAUGAACCUGAACCAGAACCCACGGACGCUGCUGCCAAAGUUUUAUGGACUCUAUUGUGUGCAAUCAGGGGGCAAAAACAUCCGUGUGGUUGUGAUGAACAACAUUUUGCCUCGUGUGGUGAAAAUGCACCUGAAAUUUGACUUGAAAGGCUCAACCUACAAACGCCGGGCAUCCAAGAAGGAAAAAGAAAAAUCCAGCCCUACUUACAAGGACCUAGACUUCAUACAAGACAUGCCUGAGGGCCUGAUGCUGGAUGCAGACACCUUCAGUGCAUUGGUGAAAACAUUGCAACGAGACUGUCUGGUGUUGGAAAGUUUUAAAAUCAUGGACUACAGCCUCCUGCUUGGAGUUCAUAACAUAGACCAGCAAGAACGGGAACGACAGUCUGAGGGAGCCCACAGCACAUCGGAUGAGAAGCGUCCUGUGGGGCAGAAGGCACUUUACUCCACGGCCAUGGAGUCCAUCCAGGGUGGGGCUGCCCGGGGGGAGUCCAUAGACACAGAUGACACAAUGGGAGGAAUCCCAGCAGUGAAUGGCAAAGGAGAGCGUCUCCUGCUACACGUAGGAAUAAUAGAUAUCCUUCAGUCAUACAGGUUCAUCAAGAAGCUGGAACAUACCUGGAAGGCCCUUGUCCAUGAUGGGGACACAGUGUCAGUACACAGACCCAGCUUUUAUGCAGAGAGAUUCUUCAAAUUCAUGACCAACACGGUGUUUCGAAAGAAUUCCUCUCUAAAAUCAUCUCCCUCAAAGAAAGGGCGUAGUGCCUUGCUAGCUGUCAAGACAUCUGGUCCAACGGCUGCAUUUUCGGCUAGCCAGCUUCCCUCAGAAAAGGACGAAACCCAGUAUGAUCUUCGUGCUGCCAGGAGUUACCCCACACUUGAUGAUGAAGUUUUUCCUUCCUACAUCUCUCCCUGCCCUCUACCUGGGCCAGCAGGCAGGCCAGACCUGCUACCUUGCACGCCACCUUCCUUUGAAGAAGCUACCACAGCCUCCAUAGCCACAACGCUGUCUUCAACUUCUCUCUCCGUUCCUGAGCGAUCCCCCUCAGAGACCUCUGAGCAGCCCAGAUACAGGAGGCGCACACACUCCUCGGGGCAGGAUGGCAGGUCACAUGAGGAGGUGCGGGUUGAAGAAGAGCUUCAGCAGAUCAGCGUAGAGCUGGAACCCAAGUGUGAUGUAGAGAUCAUAGCUCCUGAAGACGAUGACAAAGAAGAGGCAGCUUCUUCAGCCUGUGCCAUUGUAACGUCCACAGCUACAGUAGAGGUGGAGACGGCCAGCCAGGCCUCCGAACCAGCCAGCCAGGCCUCGGAUGAAGAUGAUGUGCCAGUCACAGACAUAUACUUUCCGACAGACGAGAGGAGUUGGGUUUACUCCCCGCUCCACUAUAGCGCUCAGCUCCACUCUGUCUCCGAUGAGGAGAGCGAUACAUAAUCUCUAUGCAGACACAGAAGCCCCAGAGAGCAGCGAUUCCCUCUGCAGGUCGAUGUGUUCCCUUUUCGUUGAUGCAGCCGUUCCAGUGGGAUGGGGAGGAGCUUGCUGACACCAGUAUUGCUGCACUGCAGGAUCCCAGGCACUGCAUUUCAGAACGGAGCAAAACUCUAACCGUAUAUUUCUACUUAUCCCAGAUGUGGGCAGCAAAGAAACCGCCGCUCACCUGCAGCUCCCAACGGAGACAUCCAGCUGGGUGUAGAGAAUCCUGGGUAGUAACACAGUGUUUUCCAAAUGUGCACUACCGUAGCUACCUAUCCAUGUGUGAUACUGUGAACCUUUUUAAUUUUUUAAUCAUGUAUUUAUUUCUUUUAUCUUUGCACAGAGACAGCACAAAUGUGCUUUUUUAAACAUUUAGUUUACUGCACUUUUUUUUUUUUUUUUUGGUUGUCAUAUAUUUGUGCAUCAGAAAGGGUGUGAGACCUCACUGGAGAAUUGGUAGGAGCACGUUGCUGGGGAGGGCAGGGACUGGAGUGGCUUCAUUUGAGGCAGCAGUGUGGUCUAACCAACUGUUGGAGUCAGGAGGUUUAAGGCUGUCCAAACUCUGCCACGAUUUUGCCGAGUGACCUAAGGCAAGUCACUUAACCGCUCUGUGCCUCGGUUUCCCCUGUGCUAAUGGGUGUACAGUACCCACUUCCGUUAAAGCACUUAAACCCUGGGAUGAAAGGUGCUAUGUAAAUGCAAUGUAUUAAAGGCCAUUGAAUAGAAUUGCUCCCAUGUUACAGUAGUCCAAAGUAGCCAUGCCAAUUUACUUGGAUUCAAAAAUUGCUAGUGACUUUUCUUGAUCUGUAACACUGUGUGGGGGAAGCAAAUGAUUCCUGGCUAUAGUGACGUGGUCACCUCGGCCCUCCUCUGGACAUCGCGAUGGGUUCUGCCUUCACCAUGCGCUGCACUGCUCUGUGUCACCCUGUCCCUUUGUGCUCGGAGUCCACGUUUGUCUUACCAGCUGCUGCACAGACGUUUGCUCCAGGCUGCUGCCUGGUGACAGGCAUGGACAGAUGAGAACUGUGCAUCCCAUGGACCAGCCUCGCUGGAGUAAGAGUUCCCAAGUCUGCCCAGCCCCAGGUGGGGUUUGCCUGGACACUGCAUCCUACUGGAACCACUUCGCACCACGCAUGUUCAUGGGUGUAUCCGAUUGCCAAGUAAUCGGGGGUCACAGAACAUUGGGUUCACGUGUGUCCUCCAUACCUCAGGGUAGUCAGGGAGACGCAUGCACGUCCACACACUGGAGGCAGUAACAGAAGCCUGGCUCUGGCGCCUCAUUGCACCAGGCAGUAUUGUGUUCACAGACUCUCUCUGUUGGACAAAAAGCUGGGAGACUCUGA